AUGACCCAAUCGGUGGUCGUUCAGGUCGGACAGUGCGGAAACCAGAUCGGCUGCUGUUUCUGGGAUCUGGCGUUGAGGGAGCACGCCGCGGUCAACCAGAAAGGAAUUUAUGAUGAGGCAAUAAGCAGUUUCUUUAGAAAUGUGGAUACCAGAGUGAGUGGUGAUGGUGGCAGUAUAUCCAAGGGAAAAAUUUGUUCUUUAAAAGCACGAGCUGUCUUGAUUGACAUGGAGGAAGGCGUAGUGAAUGAGAUUCUGCAGGGACCGUUGAGAGAUGUAUUUGAUAGCAAACAGCUUAUCACUGAUAUUUCUGGCUCAGGGAAUAAUUGGGCUGUAGGUCACAAAGUUUUUGGCAGUCUUUACCAAGAACAAAUUUUGGAAAAACUCAGAAAAUCUGCAGAGCAGUGUGAUUGUUUACAGUGUUUCUUUAUAAUACAUUCUAUGGGAGGAGGAACGGGAUCUGGACUUGGCACAUUUCUUUUAAAGGUGCUUGAGGAUGAAUUCCCAGAAGUAUACAGAUUUGUGACUUCAGUUUAUCCUUCUGGUGAGGAUGAUGUCAUAACAUCACCUUAUAAUAGCAUCUUGGCAAUGAAGGAACUCAAUGAGCAUGCAGACUGUGUGUUGCCCAUUGACAAUCAAUCUUUAUUUGACAUCAUUAGCAAAAUUAAUGUCAUGGUGAAUUCUGAAAAGUUGGGUAAAACUGUGAAACCAAAGAGUCUGGUUACUUCCAGUGCUGGAGCUUUAAAAAAGCGACAUGAGAAGCCCUUUGAUGCAAUGAACAACAUUGUGGCAAAUUUACUGCUCAGCCUCACAAGCUCUGCAAGGUUUGAAGGAUCUCUUAAUAUGGACCUUAAUGAAAUCAGCAUGAAUUUAGUUCCUUUUCCCCAACUUCAUUAUCUUGUGUCAAGCCUCACGCCGCUGUAUACACUGGCAGAUGUUAAUGUUCCCCCUCGAAGGUUGGAUCAGAUGUUUUCAGAUGCUUUUAGCAAAGAUUACCAGCUAAUUCGAGCUGACCCCAAACAUAGUCUCUACCUCGCAUGUGCCUUAAUGGUUAGAGGAAAUGUACAGAUUUCGGAUCUUCGCAGAAAUAUUGAAAGAUUAAAACCUUCUCUACAGUUUGUCUCCUGGAAUCAAGAAGGCUGGAAGACCAGCCUGUGUUCAGUACCUCCUGUGGGCCAUUCUCAUUCAUUAUUAGCUUUAGCAAAUAACACAUGCGUGAAACCUACCUUUAUGGAACUGAGAGAGCGAUUCAGGAGGCUGUACAAGAAAAAGGCUCACCUUCAUCACUAUCUACAAGUCGAAGGAAUGGAGGAAAGCUGUUUUACUGAAGCUGUGUCAUCUUUAUCAGCACUCAUACAAGAAUAUAACCAGCUGGAUGCCACAAAAAGCAUGCCUGUAGAAGAUUUACCUAGACUAAGAGUAGCUGUGUAG